AAAUAAAAUAAACAAAAAUCUUUAAAAACUAUACUCAAACAAUGAGGUCUGUCCAAGUGCCAUUUACAAUAUGCAAUAAUUAAUCAGUACCUUCUUAAAAACAGUGAACAAGUCUCCCUUUGUCCUUUAGACAUCACCGGCCCUUAUCCUCCAUCAUGCAAUAUGUCAGUUUCCUACCCCCAUCGCUGAUCCUUCACCGCAACCAUAGCCAAAUGUACAGGGGUAUUUUAGACAAACAACGUGAAAAUUAGAUGAGGGUGCGAUGGCUCCACAACACGGAAACUGCUACCCUUAAUAUCUGCAAUGCAGCUUCAUCUCCUUCUCACUUUCUCUCUCUUCCGUUGAGAUACUUGUAUGCUAUGCCAUCUGAUGCAACUGGUCCAGGUGGACAGAGGAGAAGGCAAAAGAAAGCAGGAAGCCUGGGAAUGGGUAGAUAUGAGGGAGAAGACAAAGGGGUAGUGAACUUCGGAAAGGGGAAGGUGAGAGAGAAAGCUUUGUGAAGGAGGUGCCAGAAAUACCCCUCAACUGACCCAAUGACUCCAUCAUCUAGGAGGUUGAGCGGAAAAAAAACUCAUCUUUCUCUUCUUCCAUCCAAGGAAGGGUUGCUCUCCAAUUCCCGAUUUUUAUGGGGCUCUUUGGUUUUUGUCCCGUUCAGAUCCUACACAGAGCGAGACAGAGAGAGAGAAAACAGCGGAAGGAACCGACGCUUUCUCUCUCAAUCACUAUUUCUCGAGUAUCUCCUCUACCAUUUCUUCUCUCUCUCUCCUCUAUCUUUUCUUGUCUAUAUCUUUGUGGCAUCCUUGCAAGACGGUCCUUUAUGCCAUUCGGUCCUCUUCUUCUUCUUCUCUAGCCUUUUCUUCUGUUCCUCCGUUUCGCCUUUCUUUGGCUCUCUUCUGAAUCUAGGAGAAUGAUGAAGAAGAAGAUUAGGGUUUCCAAGGAGCCAUCGUCGUUGUCGACUCCUUAUUUCCCUGGUGGGGAAGAGGCGAGGGUGAGAUUCAAGUACCACUGCCUCUUUCAGGAUUAUCAGGAGCUGCUAAAGGAAACUCAACAAAAAAAGGAGAGAUUGGAGAACAUAGUGCAGAAGAAACUCCAGCUUUUGGCUGAAGUCAAAUUCUUACGGCGAAAAUGCCAGCAGUUCUCAACAGCUCAGAGUGCUCAAUUCAAGCUAAAGAAACAAUCUCUCAGUUUUCCUUCCCCUUCUGUUUGUAUGGCUGAACUUAAGAAUCCACUGUUUCAGACUGAGCUUCCCUUAAAGAGUAGGAACCAAAAAAUGAAAGAAAUUUUGAUUCCAACUUCUACCACAAUGCUAGAUUUGAACCAAGUUUUCUUGCCAACCAGUGAAGAAAUGGAAGGAUUUGAGGCGGAACGAAAGCCUGAGAAUGUGGACUGGUUUCAGCGGUAUUCAACCAGAGGAGAUGCAUUAGUUAAUGAUUCCAUGUCGUCGAUCUGUCGUGAUUCCGGGAUCAAUUUGAACAAAGCCUCUAAGAGAAAAGUUUCAUGGCAAGAUCAGCUGGCUUUGAAGGUUUGAGAUUCAUUGCUUGUUUCAUUGGUGAGAAAGAUCCAUAACUAUUCCAUAAUUUCUUCUCACAUGAGUUUGUCAUAAUUGGAAAAUAUGUUGCCUUUGUUGAGGAAGAGAAAGGAACUUAUUCUCUCCUUUUUUUUCUUUCGUUAUACAUGUAAGUUUAUAUAAAUUAUGAAAACUUGUAGUUUUUGGUUAAAGUAGGGCUUUUCUACAAUUGUUUUAGUAUUUGUUAUAUCGGCUAUAAUCUGAUGUUGUUUUG